AUGCCACUCCCCAGAAUUGCCAUAGCAGGUGCCGGACCAAGUGGUUUGACCUUAGCCCGUCUGCUUCAACACAACGGGAUCAAGUGCACAGUAUUUGAGCUUGACCUUGAUCGAAAUGCUCGUUCUCAAGGUGGAUUGAUCGACCUCCACGCCGAUAUGGGUCAACGUGCACUUCGUGAAGCUGGUCUCAUUGGCGAAUUCCGAAAACACUGCUUGCCAGAAGCAGAUUCCAUGAAGUUGGUGAAAGCGAAUGGAACUGUCGUUUGGGAUGAAAAUGAGGAGGAUGAGGUAAAGGACUUUAAUCGUCAGGCUAGAGAUCGUCCUGAGAUCGAUCGUGCAAGACUGCGCGAUAUUCUUCUGGAUUCUGUUGAGCCGGACUCGAUUCAAUGGAAUCGCAAACUUAUCCGUGUUGAGUCUAGCAAGACCAACCCAGCACAAUUCGAUCUUCAUUUUGCAGACCAUGUUGCGGAAGGAUUUGACCUCGUUGUUGGAGCGGACGGUGCUUGGUCAAAGGUUCGACCUCUUGUCUCAGCGCAGCUCCCGGAGUACUCCGGUGUUAGUAUGAUUGAAAUGAGAGCUUUCAAUGUUUCUGAGAGAAAGCAGUGGCUUUCUGAUUACGUCGGUAAAGGAAGUCUUUUCAUGUUUGAUGAAGGCCGGAUGUUUAUUUGUCAGAGAAACGGCUAUGAUGGCAUUCGAGUUUACGCUGGGGUACGCAAACCAGAAUCCUGGAUUCAGGACUCUGAUAUUAAAUGGGAGGAUCCCAUCGAGGCUCGCAAACAGCUCGCAGAACAAUACUUCGGAGAUGUUCAUGACGACUUAAAGAGACUUAUAUUUGAAGCAUCAGACAGUCUUCUCACGAGGCCAUUAUACAUGCUUCCUGUCGGCUUCAAAUGGCCCUCCCGUCCAGGUGUCACACUUCUCGGAGAUGCAGCUCAUUUAAUGACCCCUUUCGCAGGUGUUGGCGUUAACGUUGCUAUGACUGAUGCGAUGUUACUUGCGCAUGCUCUGUCGAGGCAGAGAGAUAAUUUUGCGGUGGAUCUGGAGGGUAGUUUGAAACAGGCUGUUGGCGAAUAUGAGGAGCAGAUGUUUAAGAUUGCGAAGAAAAAUAUGGAGAAGACGUACCAAGGGUUAAUACAUCACUUUAGCGCGGACGGUAUUGAGCAUAGAAUGGCGCGCCUGCAGGAGAGUACAAAGCAUAUUAAAGGGGCUAGGGAGAAUGGAACAGUAGUUUGA